CACACGCGAUAAGACGCAGAUAAAGCUCAGCAGGUGAGCCCAGGCCACAGGCAGGAUUUGUCUCUGCGGGAACAAAGCGGAGAGCGCUGGGAGUGGAGGCUCCGAGGCUCAAGCAUAAAAAGCCAACCUGCUCAUGAGAAGGGAAAAAGAUCAGGGGAAACCUGGCCUCCCUGGCAUCAUGUUUUGACAGUCCUCGACCCUGACUUUGCUCCCCUGGCGUUCUUCUCCACUGGCUCCACUGGCGCCCCCUGCAGGCUGAUCUGGGAGGUGGCGGCUUCAGCACGGGGCUGACAUCACCAUGGCUCUCCUGAUUCACCUGCUGGUCUGCACCUUCGGGAUGGGCUCCUGGGUGGCCAUCAACGGGCUGUGGGUGGAGCUUCCCCUGCUGGUGGCAGAGCUGCCUGAGGGGUGGUAUCUUCCCUCCUACCUCACAGUGGUCAUCCAACUGGCCAACGUCGGCCCCCUCCUGGUCACGCUGCUCCAUCACUUCCAGCCCGGCUGCCUCUCGGAGGUGCCCAUCAUCUUCACCGUGCUGGCUGUGGGCACCCUCGCCUGCACGCUCUUCGCCUUCCUCUGGAAUGUCACCUCCUGGGUGCUGGAUGGCCACCACAGCAUCGCCUUCAUGGUCCUCACCUUCUUCCUGGCCCUGGUGGACUGCACCUCUUCGGUCACCUUCCUGCCUUUCAUGAGCCGGCUGUCCGCCCGCUACCUCACCACCUUCUUUGUGGGCGAAGGACUCAGCGGCCUCCUGCCUGCCCUGGUGGCUCUUGCCCAGGGCUCAGGUCUCACCACCUGUGUCAAUGUCACUCAGCCGUCAGACACCACCCCAAGCUCUGAGACCACCGGGAAGGAGGUCUUCCUACAGGUAGCUAAUGUCACCUUGAUGUCUGACCUGACCAGGACGACACAGUCCGCCAUCCAUCUGGAAAGCCGCUACCUCCCAGCCAACUUCUCGCCUUUGGUCUUCUUCCUCCUGCUCUCCUUCAUGAUGGCCUGCUGCCUCACAGCUUUCUUUGUCCUCCAGCGUCAGCCCAGGCCCAGGGAAUCUUCCAUAGAAGACCUCCUCACCUCCCAGGUCACCCUCCACUCCAUCCGGCCACGAGAAGGGGAGGACCUGGGCCCCCCAGACCCGGGGGCUUGCAUCAAGGCCCAGGGGCAUCCAGAGGAGAAAACGGACUCCAAGCACCCAGGCCAACUGGCCUUCAUCUACAUCCUGGUGGCCUUCGUGAACGCACUCACCAACGGCGUACUGCCCUCCGUGCAGACCUACUCCUGCCUCUCCUAUGGGCCUGUGGCCUAUCACCUGUCUGCCACGCUCAGCUCCAUGGCCAACCCUCUUGUCUGCUUCCUCUCCAUGUUUCUGCAGCUCAGGUCUCUACCGUUCCUCGGUAUCCUCACCGUGCUCGGGACUGGCUUCGGGGCCUACAACAUGGCCAUGGCCGUGAUGAGCCCCUGCCCUCUUAUGCAGGGCCACUGGGCUGGGGAAGUCCUCAUUGUAGCCUCGUGGGUGCUGUUCAUUGGCUGUUUGAGCUACGUCAAGGUGAUGCUGGGCGUGAUCCUACGCGACCGCAGCCGCAGCGCCCUCUUGUGGUGCGGGGCGGCGGUGCAGCUGGGCUCCCUGGUCGGAGCUCUGCUCAUGUUCCCGCUGGUCAACGUGUUGAGGCUCUUCUCCUCGGCUGACUUCUGCAGCCUGCAGUGCUCCGCCUAGAACACCUGGCGAGGUCCAGGACAGGGUCCUGACCCGCGGCCUUUACUAACACCUGGAAACUUGAGCAGGGCGCGUGCCCAAGGCCACAGGGCAAGGGGUGGGGAGCUAGGAAGCAGAGGCUGGGUAUAUCCUCAGGCACGGUGGAGAACGCUGCAAGACCUCCCACUGCAAAGCACAGCCCUACCCCGGUGCUGAGUCACAGUGCCCGCAAUCCCAUUACAGAACUCUUUCGGAUUGUU